AAAGGUGGCGGCACGAAAGUUCAAAGUCUAUUUGCUCUAGACCAAAUAAUGAAAUUACACGACAUCUCAUUUUCAAAAUUGGCAUUUCUUUUGCACAUUCAUAGACAACAUACACCUAUACAUUCAAGGAAUCGGAAUUUGUUGUUUCAAGAGUUAUACGAGAAACAAAGUAAUGACGAGUGGCAAGAAAGAGAAGCUGAAGGACGAACCACGUCCGCAACCCGACAUCGUCUGGACGGAGAUGACUCGGGCACUUGCCCAGGUGGUCAUUGGUAACCUCAUGAUCAUCCUCGGGGCAGGCUCUAUCAGUUACUACUGUUACCUGUGUUAUGUGUCAGCUGGGAUCUGGGUCGGCCUUACGGUGAUGGCCACAGGCAUCAUUGGCGUUAUACAUGCAUCUCGAAGUUCAUACGGAGUGGAAUACACCUACAGUAUCAUGCUGGUUAUCGCUAUGACCUUCGCCGUGGCUUUGUUUGGGGUCGAGGUCGCCGCCUACGUCUACGACAGUCGAGAUUGUGACAAGCCCAUUUUCGGCAACCACACUACCACCGCACCCACCACCGCAUCACAACCAUCCUGGUCGCCUUAUACAACCCACUCCUCCUGGCCAUCCUCCUGCAUCAUGGAGUGCGUCUACAUCCAUGCAGCCGAAGGUGUAUUGAGUCUCCUGGAAUUCGCGGGGUCAGUCGUUUGCAUCUACUACCUAUUCCAGUCGAAGAAGAAGGCAGCUCCUCCUCCUUACGAGGCUAUGAUGCCAGACCCAAUCCCCUACAAGGCUUAAUCAACAAUUUGGGGUAUUUCAUCAAGACCACGCACCUUCUUCCACCUAAUGUGGGCCUACACUACAAAAACUACCCCAAAAAAUAUUUGCUUUUACUAUUCAUAUUGCUUUUGCUUUUAAUUUUACAUGGGAAUUUGUACAAGUAAUUUAAUGGUCGAAAAUGAAUGAAAUAAUUUUUUUCCCUACGUGAAAUUUGUACAAGUAAAAUGAUUAAAUUUGAACUUUGGGAAAAGAAACUGUAUAAAUUUUUUUUAAACUGCAGGUAUUUUGUUAGUAUUAAUGGAAAAUCACUUGAAAUAACAUCACUGCAAUUCGAAAUUAACUCCGUUUUAUACAGAGCCUACUAAGUAUACUAAAUAAAUGGCUUUUAAAAUGAAUAGAUAAAUAAAUAAAGCUUUUGAGUGUUUAUUUCAAUACUUCCUCGAUGAUAUUUCGUGUCUUGAUAAAUGCCCAUAUUGAAUAUUCAAUUAUCUUUCAAAAAAAAGAGUCACAUACAGACAGUGUAUGAGAAUGAAUGGCUUAUGUCAAUGAUAUUGUUAGCUUCAUCCUUUAUCAAUAAUGGGAAGUGACUAUCAGAUAUUAAAUCCAGACCAUUAAAAAAAUGUUUUAAAAAUAUGAAUGUCAAUCUUAUGAUUUCCUCUCAUCUCAACAACUCUCAAAAAGUGAUGGUAUUACACGGUUAUGUUACAGCUCGAGCGUAAUUUGAAAGGCGAGUGAGGUUAGACAGGGGUCCAGCGUAGGUCCUAUAUUAGUUGGCAAACAUUAUUAUUGCCGAAUUAUUCUGUCAUUAAAAUCACCCGAAAAAAGGUGUAGGUACAAAAAUAUCACUAUAUGUGUCAUAUUUUCAUCAAUCUUGUAAGCAAGUGUAUUAAUUACAUUAGCAUGUUUGCAAAUUUCGGGUAUGAGAAAAAAAAAUAUGUGAGGAAUUAUUUUGUUCGAGAGAACCGGAUUGAGAGAUGGCGGAGGGGGGGGGUAAAGAAAAAUGAAUGAGAUGAAGCAAGAGAGAGAAUAGAGUGAAGAGAGGGAGAGAGGGGAUGGAGAAGGGGGAAGGGAGAGAGAGAGAGAGAGAGGGGAAGAAAGGGGCAUGGAGGGGGAGAGAGGAGAGAGUAGUGAGAGAGUGGUCGCGUGGUAUUGCUCUUUUCCAGCCAAUCAGAAACAAUAUACUUAAAAGCUUCAUAACAAUAUUGUUAAUGAUGAAGUAACUAACUCUGAUCAGGGGUACACACCCUCUAAAAACACUGAGUAAAAGUUUACCCAAUCUUGGGUAAAAAGGG